UUCAGGUUACAGCUCGAUUAGGAAUGAUUAACAGUGAACUCUUCUAAGAGGUACUAGUAAAGGAAAACAACCUGAGAGGAGGCACUCUUUUUUUAGUGCUAAAGAGCCCACCUUUGAAUGUCUGAAGUCUGGCGACUGGGAACAAAAGUUUUUUUUGUUUAUUUUCCUAUCAGCUACUGGAGAGAAGGGACAGUGGGAAAAGCCUGCUACCAGCUUUUUCAGGAAUCAACUGCAGUUUCAAAAGCUUCAGACCAGACCUUCAGGUUUGAUUGAAAACUGUCCAGUAGAAGCUUCUUUAGUUUGGGAUUCUAACAAUGGCCCAGAUAAUAGUCCACCCGAAAAUCGCUCUUAUUGAUGAACCACUACACAUCCGAGUGACCAGCCUGCUCCCUAACCAGAUGGUAGUGCUGCAGGCAAAAUUGACGAAUGAAAAAGGAGAGGACUUUUAUUCUCAAGUGUUCUAUAAGGCUGAUGAAAGUGGAGAGAUAGACCUGGAGCAUGCAGCAGCACUUGGAGGGGACUAUGUGGGCAUUCAUCCUAUGGGCCUCUUCUGGUCUUUGAAACCUAAGAAGAUUUUAACUAGGCUACUGAAACAGGAUGUGAUAAACAGUCCCUUCCUAGUUCAGCUGUCAGUACAUGAUUCAAACAUCAUUUUCAAAGAAUCACCUGGAUCUCUGAAGGCCAGUGAGACUGUGGAGCGAUGGUACUCAGCACCUGGAGUACAAAGAAUCCAGAUAAGGGAAGGUCGAAUUAGAGGAGUUCUCUUUCUCCCACCAGGAGAAGGCCCUUUCCCUGGAGUAAUUGAUUUAUUUGGUCACAUUGGUGGACUGACUGAGUUUCGGGCCAGUCUCUUGGCCAGUCGAGGCUUUGCUGCAUUGGCCUUAGCUUACUUUGCCUACGAAGACCUGCCCAAAACUGCAGAGGUCGUGGACAUCGAAUACUUUGAAGAAGCCGCUAAUUUCCUUCUCAGCCAUCCCAAGGUGCUUGGUCCCAGGAUUGGGAUAGUUUCAAUAAGCCAAGGGGCCCAGAUUGGAUUGUCAAUGGCAGUAUUCCUGGAGCAGGUGGCAGCCACAGUUUGCAUCAAUGGUUUCUUUUUUUCAGUUGGAUGUAUCAAGUAUAAAAAUGAGAACAUUCACUCACUCAAUAUAUUUCCCGAAAGGGCAAGAAUAAAUGAUCUGGGGCUAUUAGAGAUACGUUCUAUAUUUGGAAGCCCUCGAGAAGAGGCAAAUAAGCAUGCUCUCUUGCCAGUAGAAAGGGCCCAGGGUCAUAUCCUAUUCAUUGUCGGAGAGAAGGACUACAACCUAAAUAGCAAAUGUUAUGCUGAGCAAGCAAUGGAGCAGCUGAGGAGACAUGGAAAAAGCAAUGGCACCCUGCUGUCCUAUCCAGGAGCUGGGCACCUGAUAGAGCCUCCCUAUUCCCCCUUGUGUUUGGCCUCACAGACUCCUUCUAUCCUGAGGCCUGUUUUGUGGGGUGGUGAGACCAUCCCUCACGCUGAAGCCCAAGAACAUUCCUGGAAAGAGAUUCUGAAGUUCCUCAGACAUCACCUUAGCCCAGCCAGCAGCAGCAAACUGUGAGGUGACGGACGGCUCACAGAGGUUUGGCAGCCUGGCGAAGCUGCAGUGUUCUGCAGUGCGUACAAUGAAAUACACAGGGUUACAAAGGAAAUUAAUUCUAUGGAAAUAAAGGUUUUUUUCCCCCCAUCCAAAUUCAUGGUCCCCCUCAUUUGACAAAUGAGGAAAUGGAGUCCAAGAGAGGGAAAGUGACUAGCCUGCUCUAAAAGAGUCUGUGGUGAACUAGUAGUGAAUUAGAUAUCCAGGUUUGACUAAAUAUUCAUACCCUUCCUAUUGGAGCACCUUGCGAGUCUAGGUACUGAAACCAAAUUUAUAAACUUCAGACUCAAGGCCAGUUAUGCUGGAUUAGUAGAAUGUAAACUCCAUGAGGGCAGGGAUUCUUUUUCAUUUUUGUCUUUGUAUCUAUACUAUAGAUUUAUCACAAUACCUUAAGGACACAGAGUAGUAGCUGAUUGAUAAAUCUUUAAUUAGAUUGAAUUAAAUAGGAGGUAGUGUGGUAAUGUGGAGAGCCAUGUAGCUUAGAAUCAGUUGGACCAGAGUUCAAAUCCUAAUUCUGCCAUUUACUACCUAUAUGACUUUAGGCCUUAUUUUCCCUCAAAGUAAAAUGAGGGGAUUGGACUAGAAACCUAAGGUCCUUUCCAACUCUACAACUCUGGGAUCUCUAAGUCUCUUUUCUGCUCGAGGGCUAUGAUCCUAUUAAAUAUAGCUUCCCUCCUCAUUUCUCCUCCAAUUAGUCAAUCUUCCUUCCCUCUUUUGAGAGACAGCUGAAAUUUAUUGGAUCCUGGCGGUGGUUUGCUUAUAUAUACUUUUCUUUCUUUCCAUUCACAUUGUUACCAGUUCCUUCUUGCUAUAGUCUCUCUUCCUUAGUACUAUGACUCAUCUUCCUUAUACACUACUGUAUUUUCAUCUCAUCAGAAACCUUCAGUGGGCUGCUGGUUGAUCUUUCUACUGUCCCCUCACCUCUCUGAUACUUCAGCCAUUUUGAGUCUAACCCUUUUGGACUCAAAGAUCAUUCCCCUUCUCAGAGAAGACAGAAUCAGCCAGGGUCAAAACUAGGAUCUUUUUGUUCAGUGGAAAGAACUGAAUUUGGAGUCAAAGAAACAAGGUUCAAAUCCUGGCCCUGACACUAGCUGUAUGGGCCAGUCACUGAGCAAAUCACUAGGCAAUCUCAGGUCCUCAGAUUUGAUUGGAUCAAUAAAAGGAAGAACUUUUUUUUUUAAACAUUUACAGCCGUCCAUAAGGGGAAUGGGCUGCCUCAAGAGACAGUGAGCUCUUCAUCAACGGAAAUUAACAUUUAGAGACUGAAUGGCAAUUUGUCAGGAUGUGGAGAAGGUCUAGGAGGUAGAGAGCUGGACCUGAAGUCAGGAACAUCUGGAUUCAAAUCCGGCCUGAGGCACUUAAUAGCUGUGUGAUCCUGG